AAAAAAUCUAUCGAUUUUUGUAAAAUAUAUAUCAUGCACAAGCAGCAUAUCUAAUGGAUACUUUUGCUUAACUUAAUAGUACUUAUGUUUUAAUAUGAUGAAACCUUUUAAUCAGAUCUAACUUUUGUUGCAAAAGAUUUUAUAAAAAGCAUGCUUUAACGAAGCAUAUUUUAACACCUGUGAAAGAAAAGCCUAUCUGUGGAUCAUACAAUAUAAAAUAUUUUCAAAUCAAUGCACUCCAAUUUGGAAUAUAUGCAAGCUUACGAAAGAAUUCUGCAAAAUGUGUACUAAAAUCUUUUCUGUGCAGGAAUAUAUAAUACCGCAAACAUCGACGCAUAAUAUUGAGAAACCAUUUGUUUGUGAUGUGUGCAAUAAAGGGUUUUGUCUACGGGAAAGUUUAAAGAUACAUUUAAGGACAUACGCCAGAUAAUCCAUAUGGUUGUUAUAUGGGCUAUAAAGUAUUUUCUCACAAAGGAAGGUUAAAGACACAUACGAAAAAGAAACCGUGUAUUUGUGAUGUUUGCAAUAAAGCGCUUUCUGUACUGGUAAGUUUAAAGAGACAUUUAAGAACGCAUACGAAAGAGAAAAUGUAUGUUUGUGAGAUUUGCAGUAAAGCGUUUUCUGAACCAGGAAAUUUAAAGAAACAUUUAAGAAUACAUACCAAAGAGAAACCGUAUGUUUGUGAGGUUUGCAAUAAAGCGUUUACGGAAAAAGGAAAUUUAAAAAUACAUUUACUGACGCAUGCGAAAGAGAAACCAUGUAUUUGUGAGGUUUGCAGUAAAGCGUUUUCUCACAAAAAAUAUUUAAAGAGACAUUUAAGGACGCAUGCGAAAGAGAAGCCGUAUGUUUGUGAGAUUUGCAGUAAAGCAUUUCCUCAAGAAGGAAGUCUAAAGAGACAUUUAAGAUUGCAUACCAAAGAGAAACCGUAUGUUUGUGAGAUUUGCAAUAAAGCGUUUUCUGAGGAAGUAAGUUUAAAGAUACAUUUACUUACGUAUACGAAAGAAAAACCACAUAUUUGUGAGAUAUGCAAUAAACCUUUUUCUAAACGAGGAAAUUUGAAGAGACAUUUAAGGACGCAUACGAAAGAAAAACCAUAUAUUUGUGAGGUUUGCAGUAAAGCUUUUUCUCAAGAAGAAAGUUUAAAGAGACAUUUAAGGACGCAUACAAAAGAGAAACCGUAUAUUUGUGAGGUUUGCAGUAAAGCGUUUUCUCGCGAAGGAUGUUUAAAGAGACAUUUAAGGACGCAUACGAAAGAGAAACCAUAUAUUUGUGAUGUAUGCAACAAAGCGUUUUCUCAAAGAAGUGGUUUAAAGACGCAUUUAAGGACGCAUACGAAAGAGAAACCGUAUGUUUGUGAGGUUUGUAGUAAAGCGUUUACUCGAAAAGAAAGUUUAAAGAUACAUCUACUGGCUCAUACAAAAGAAAAACCGCACCUUUGAAAUAUAUGCAAUAAAAGUUUUUCCAGUGGAAACAUUUUAUAAAAAUAUUUUCUGACAGAUGCGAAACAAAAACUACCCUAUGUAAUAAGGCAUUUACUGCAAAAGGAAAUUUGCAGUUCCAUUUACCGACCCAUUCAAAAGAGUGGCUACAUGUUUGUGAUCUGUGUAAUAAUAAAGUAUUUUCUGGUCUAAACAUUGUAAGGAGAUAUUCAUUGACGCAUGCAAAAGAAAAUCCUCAUGCUUGCAAGAUAUGCAACAACACGUUUUCUUUGCGAGGAAAUAUGAAAGUGCGUUUAUAGAUUGAUACGAAA